UUGUAGAAUCAAAUUUUCCUUGCUAAAACGACUGCCAAAACAGAGCAGCUUCUUCUUCUUCUUUGAUCUUUCUUAAUUAGAUGGAUUACUCUGGAUUUUUCUCGCCGGCGUCCGAUUUCUCAUCGGAAUCCUCGUUUGAUUCGCCGGAAUCUUCGUUUAUCAAUUUGGAUCAUGAUUUUCUUCCCUUUAAUGAGAAUGAUUCCGAGGAAAUGCUUCUCUAUGAGCUGAUCUCGGAGGGGAGGCAGGAUUCGUCCGAGAAGGGAAUUGGGGCGGUGCGUGUUAAGGAGGAGGAGGUGGAUUCCGUCGGCGAAGAGAGCCCAAAGAAGGAGAGAUCUUACAGGGGAGUUCGCCGGCGUCCAUGGGGGAAAUUCGCCGCCGAAAUUAGAGAUUCCACCAGACGUGGCAUAAGGGUAUGGUUGGGAACAUUCGACAGUGCGGAAGCCGCCGCUUUGGCCUACGAUCAAGCCGCCUUUGCGAUGAGAGGAGCCACGGCGAUUCUCAAUUUCCCCGUCGACAGAGUUAGGGAAUCUCUUAAGGAAAUGAACUGCGGCGGCGAUGGUUAUGGGCUCGCCGAGGACGGCGGGUCGCCGGUGAUUGCGUUGAAAAGAAAACACUCAGUGAGAAGGAAUGGCAUAAGCAAAAUGAAGAAAGAGAGAGAUGUAAGGAUCCAAAACAUGGUGGUUUUGGAGGAUUUAGGAACAGAGUAUUUGGAAGAGCUUCUGGGGUGUUCUCAAAGUGGCAGCCCUUGUUCUUGCUAAACCCAAAUUAUCAUUCUUAAUUUCUCUCUAAUCCACCAUAAUCUCGUCAGGGGAUCUCUUAAUUAGCUGUUAA